AUGGAAAAGAAUUUUAAUGCCAAGUUUGCUGCCUUAAUCCAGGUCUCUUCCAUGCCCAAUGCCCAAGAAGCUUGCAUCAUUUGUAGUGAGACAACUCAUGACAUCACUCAAUGCCCCAACAAGGAUAGCUACCCUGAGCUUGUACAAGAGCAUGUGAAUAUGGUGAAUAAUUUCAUUAGACCUAGAACCGAAGUGGAAGAAGAAGAGCUUGUUGAAAGUGCACCGUUAGCUGCAAAGUCUCGGUCAGAGGCUAUUUCUGCAACAGGUAUUCCAGAUCCUAGUGCAAGUGACAAAGUGCAAUCUCGACCCAACUUUGAUGCAAAUAAGGAAAAAGGCCUUGGUAGUUUAUUUGCACCUUCUGACAAGCCACCAUACAAGCCACAUUUGCCAUUUCCACAACAACAGCAACAAUAUUCCAAGGAUCAACAAUGCAUUGAAUUCCUGAAGAUGUUGGCUAAGGUUCAAAUUAAUUUGCCUCUAUUAGAUGCUAUUAAACAGAUCCCAUCAUAUGCCAAAUUUCUGAAUGAGCUAUGUUCUAAAAAGAAAAAUUUCUUGGAAUACGAGAAGGUGAUUUUAACUGAGCAAUGUGAAGGAGAACUCAAGCCCACAUCUGUGAGUCUUCAAUUGGCAGAUAGGUCCGUGACCUAUCCUUUGGGUAUUCUGGAAGAUGUGAUUAUUAAAGUGGAUAAAUUCUAUCUCCCAGCUGAUUUCAUUGUACUUGACAUGGAGGAAGACAAAGAAGUGCCUCUCAUUUUAGGCCGACCGUUCAUAGCCACCGGCCGGACACUUAUUGAUGUGGAAGCAGAAAAUAUGGUGGACGUCAUUGCUGCAUUGGAUAGUGUACCAAUUCAUAAUCCAAAGUGGCGACAUGUUUAUGAAAGCCUUGGAGUGCCUAAGCAGCCCAUUCUUCCUUCAAGUGAGCAAGCUCCGAAGUUAGAGCUCAAGCUACUACCGAGCCACCUUAAGUAUGCUCAUCUUAAGGUGAACGAGACCUUGCCUGUUAUUAUUGCUGCUGAUCUGAAUGACACGGAGGAAGACAAAUUACUAAGAGUUCUUCGCAAGUAUUAA